AUGCCUCCCAGAAAAAAAGCGACGGCUGACGACGCAGUCCCGGCUCCUACUCGUUCGAGCUCAAGAAUCAAGGCGGCUACGAACUCUCAACCGGCUGGCACUGCUGGCACGUCCACAACUCAACCAGACGUGCCUGCGGAAACGGACAGCAAACCGAAGGCGAAGAGGACGCGUUCGGCCACUACCGAUGAUGCAGCACCCAAGCCGGCUUCCAAAAGAACAAAGAAAAGCCAAACUACCGAUGAUAAAGUUGACAGUGAUAUAAACACCCAAACUGGUACGCAAGAUAGCGACAAUGCGAAGGGGAAGCGUUCGGCCACUACCACCCAAGAUGAUGGUGCAGCGCCCAAGCCAGCUUCCGCAAAAACGAAGAGCCAAACCGUUGAUGACAAGGCCAAAGAUGCUGUAGACACACAGGGUGCUACCCCAGAUAGCGGCGAAAAAGACGAUGCUCAACCCGCAGUGGAUGACAAGAAGAUGGUCACUGUCUUGAAACGUGGCGCAGCGCCCGUCGAUGCCAUGUCCGGGUGUGUCAAUACGCAUCAAGUAUAUUCCAACACAGAGGGAGUUUGGGACGCAAUGUUGAACCAAACAGAUGUCAGUGGAAACCAAAACAAGAACAAAUUCUAUGUUAUUCAACUUCUGCACCCAAUUGGAAACAAUAACACUUGCACUUUGUUCACUCGUUGGGGUCGUGUCGGGGAGAAUGGUCAAACACAGACCAAGGGCCCUUUCUCUUCUUCGACAGCGGUCAACGAAUUCAAGAAGCAAUUCAGAUCUAAGACCGCUGUUGCCUGGGAACAGAGGGUUGGCAUGGUUCCUAAACCAGGGAAAUAUACAUGGCUUGAACGAGAUUAUGGCGACGAAGAAUCCAAAGAUGACGACCAGAAGGCUGCAAAAGACGAAGUUAUUAUCCCCGAUUCGAAACUUCCAUCCGAGAUUCAAGAACUAUGUAAUUUGCUGUUUUCUACGAGUAUCAUCGAUGCCCAUCUCUCGUCCAUGAACUACGAUGCCAGAAAAUUGCCAUUAGGAAAACUGGCGAAGUCUACGAUCUUGAGCGGAUUCUCUGCCCUCAAGACUCUCGCAGAUGUGAUCCAAAAUCCUACUGGUCCUACUGCUACUCAAUAUGGCGGAAUGCGUCGAGCAUGCGAGCAGCUCAGCAGCGCUUACUACUCUGUCAUUCCUCACGACUUCGGUCGAAACAGGCCUGUUGUUAUCGAUAAUGAGAUAGCUCUCAAAAAGGAACUGGACCUUGUUGAUGCUCUUGGAGACAUGGAAAUUGCAUCCAAGUUGAUAUCAUCGACAAGCACAUUGGAUGCGGAUGGCAACCCCAUCAAUCCCAUCGACUCCCACUUCCGUUCCCUGGGCCUCACAAGCAUGGAACCCGUUCCUAAGGAUUCUGCUGAGUUCAAUAGCCUAGUUCAAUACGCACGGGAUACGCACGGCGCCACCCACAGAUACACAGUGAAUGUGCGCCACGCAUACCGCGUUGAAAGGGACUCUGAAACACAGGCUUGGAAUUCGAAGAACUUUUCAAGUGUGGCCUCUGGGGAGCGUCUUCUUUUAUGGCAUGGUUCCAGAACGACCAACUUUGCAGGUAUUCUUAAGCAAGGGCUUCGUAUUGCUCCUCCUGAAGCUCCUGUCACUGGAUAUAUGUUCGGAAAAGGGGUUUACUUUGCCGACAUGAUGAGCAAGUCUGCAAACUAUUGCUACGCAUACUUGAGCAAUAACACCGGGCUCCUCCUUCUGUGCGAGGUGUUGGUCAAACCUUUCCAUGAACUUACCAAUGCUAGCUACCACGCCGAUCAAGAGUGCAAGAAGGCUGGAAAGAUGGCUACCAAGGGUCUCGGACGCACUCAACCUGGAGCGUGGAAAGACGCAGGGGCAGCAUUGAACCACCCCGAGCUGUCUGGAUGCGAAAUGCCCUCUGGUCCUGGCAAAGACGUCACUGGAAUUCCAGGGAUCUGCCUACAGUACAACGAGUAUAUUGUAUACGAUCCCUCUCAGAUACGCCUUCGUUAUCUUCUGAUGGUUGAUAUGUAG